AUGUCUAUCUAUGCCCUGGGCUCGAAUGGCUCUCGUCAACUUGGAGUCGGUCAUGACGAGGAUCUCUCUGCGCCGUCACUCGUCGGCGUGGACAAACUCGACGCCUCGAUUGAAUCCAUCAAAGCUGGCGGGAACCACACCUUGAUUCUUACCAAGUCGGGCACCGUCUAUGCUACUGGUGAGAAUACUGAUGGAAGAUGUGCGCACCCUACAGAAGUAGCCUCUAUUUCAUCCUUCAUCCCAUCCAGUCUACCUAGGAUGGAAUUCAUCGCGGCUACUUGGGAGGCGUCCAUCUUUGCAUCUGCUCAAUCUAUCUACGUCUGUGGCAGUGGCGCCAAAGGUGAAUUAGGCCUCGGACAGAGCGUAGUGAAAACAGACUUUCCACAGCAGAUCGCGUAUUUUCCGCCUAAAGGCACUCAAAUCAUCGACAUGGCCGCCUGCAUGGGCUAUGUUGUAGUAGUCUUGUCCAACGGGCAGGUCUAUGGCUGGGGCAACGGACUGCACGGCGAGUUGGGCAACCCUCUUGGCAUUGUCUGGCAACCUCGUAGGCUUGAUGACAUACCAUUUUCAGUCACUCGCGCCGUCUGUGGCAAAGACUUUACAUGUGUUUUUGGCGAUCCUGCUGAUGGACAGCUACAAUUGCUCGGUCUGGCAAAGCGCGACAGAUUCAACAUCAAGACAAACACUCCUCAGACUCUUCGAAACUGGGUUGAUGUGCAAGCCACGUGGGGUGGUGUUUACGCUCUGCUAUCUAACAACAUGCUUGUUGCUUGGGGUAGGAAUGACCAUGGGCAACUCCCGCCUGCAGAUCUAUUAGUAACUGCUAUGGCAGCUGGUAGUGAGCACAUGCUUGUUCUGACAACUUCUGGCAAGGUGCUCGCCUGGGGCUGGGGUGAGCACGGUAAUUGCGGCUUGCCUACCGAUGAGCAACGCGACGUCAAAGGUCGAUGGAACGAGCUUGACGUAGGUAAAAAUGUCCAGCGUAUCGGUGCUGGCUGUGCAACGAGCUGGAUUAUUACCAUAUGA